GGGGCCAUGUGAGAGGGCCUGCGCAUAGGAUCACGUGGCGGCUGAGCCGGGAAAAUGGCGGCUUCGGGAGAAAGCGGCGCCUCGGGUGGCGGAGGCAGCACCGAGGAAGCAUUUAUGACCUUCUACAGUGAGGUAAAACAAAUAGAGAAAAGAGAUUCAGUUCUAACGUCCAAAAAUCAGAUUGAAAGAUUGACCCGUCCUGGUUCCUCUUACUUCAAUUUGAACCCAUUUGAGUUGUCCAUAUUGGUGCAUCCUGACAAAAACCAAGAUGAUGCUGACAGAGCACAAAAGGCUUUUGAAGCUGUGGACAAAGCUUACAAGUUGCUACUGGAUCAGGAACAAAAGAAGAGGGCCCUCGAUGUAAUUCAGGCAGGAAAAGAAUACGUGGAACACACUGUAAAAGAACGAAAAAAACAAUUAAAGAAGGAAGGGAAACCUACAAAUGUAGAGGAGGAUGAUCCUGAGCUGUUCAAACAAGCAGUGUAUAAGCAGACCAUGAAACUCUUUGCUGAGCUGGAAAUUAAAAGGAAAGAGAGAGAAGCCAAAGAGAUGCAUGAAAGGAAACGACAAAGGGAAGAAGAGAUUGAAGCUCAAGAAAAAGCCAAACGAGAAAGAGAGUGGCAGAAAAACUUUGAGGAAAGUCGAGAUGGUCGGGUAGACAGCUGGCGAAAUUUCCAAGCAAAUACAAAGGGGAAGAAAGAAAAGAAAAAUCGGACCUUCCUGAGACCACCAAAAGUGAAAAUGGAGCAGCGCGAGUGACCGCUUGGGUCACAACCACAGAACCUUCCCCCAGCUAUCUCCUUCCUGCUUUGAAGGACUCAUUCUUUCCUCCCGCCUUCACCCAAACAUAGAGUAGUAUUUGCUUUUUAGUCCAUUUUGUUUUCAAUACAAUUUAAUAUGGAUCAGAGUAAUUCUUUUGUACAUUGAAAUGAGGGGCUUGGUUUAAAAAAGACCUUCCCCCACCCUUUACCCCUAGAACAACCAGGAUUGGAAGGUGCCACCAUUGAUGCUGCCUUCUCUUUCCGCAGCCUGUAACUUAAUGUUUUGUACUUCACUGAAUUGCUGUGUUUAGAAACUUCAUGUAUAGUUCGUGGAAAUCAUCCAAUUAAACAUAUUGCUUACA